GCAGCAUGUAACAGGGCUUGCAAAAGUCUGGUGUGUGUGUGUGUGUUCGGGGGAGGAGUUGAACCCUUUUGACAGGACCAUGCGGUCACUUCCGCUAUGACGGUGUGUGUGUGUGUGUGCAGCAGACGGGUAGUCUAGAGCCGGAAUGUUGGAGUGUGUUUUAACUGCUCUGCUCCUCUUCCUCUCCCUCCUCCUCUUCCUCACCCGCAGGUUUGGGAGGCAACGGAGAGAGGGCGAGCCUCCGCUGGUGACCAGCCGUUUGCCGUUUGUGGGGAAAGCCGUAGAGUUUGGACACGAUGCCCUCAAACUCCUCACACAGCUGCAACACACACACGGGGACAUCUUCACCGUACUCAUCGCAGGUCGGUACAUGACGUUUGUGAUGGACCCUCUCCUCUACCCUGCUGUGGUCAAACAUGGCCGCCAGCUGGACUUCCACGCGUUUACUGACAGUAUGGCUCCUCCCACAUUCGGCUACCCGCCCAUAAGGGGCGUGGCCUACCCCGGCCUAUCGGAUCGCAUCCAGAGCAGCUACCAGCUCCUGCAGGGCGACGCCCUGUCCCGCCUCUCCAAAGGCAUGAUGGGAAACCUGCUGGCGGAGCUGCGACAUCACUUCCUGUGUGGGCGGGGCGUGGGCUGGCGGGAGGCGGGGCUGUAUGAUCUGUGCGAGCGCCUGAUGUUCCGUGCGUCUCUGCUGACGCUCUACGGCACGCACACACACACACACGCGCCGGGCGGCAUGGAGGCCUUGCGCCGAAGCUUCGCGGCGUUCGACCGCCGGUUCCCCCUGCUGAUGGGGGGCGUGCCCAUCUGGCUACUGGGACGGACCAAGGCAACGCGGGGGGAACUCAUCGCCCACUUCCACCCCCGCCGCAUGCAGCAGUGGAACGACCCGUCCGACUUCAUCAGGACCAGAACACAGCUGCUGAACGAGUACCAGCUCACCGACGCCCAGCACGGAGCACAUCACUUUGCCAUCCUGUGGGCGUCUGUGGGCAACACCAUCCCAGCUGCAUUCUGGGUAGUCUACCACCUGCUUACCCACCCAGAAGCCCUUGCAGCGGUGAAGUCUGAGAUUCAGGAAGUUCUUGGUAUCCAGGGGGAUGGCCUGGCGCUUAAUGAUGAUGUCACACUUACACUUGAGGAUCUGGACCGUAUGAUCUAUUUAGAGAGUGCGGUGUGUGAAAGUCUGCGUCUGUCAUCGGCCUCCAUGAACGUGCGGGUGUGUCAGGAGGAUUUCCAGCUGGACCUGGCGCCCCAGUGCUCCAUCCAUCUCCGCAAGGAUGACAUCAUCGCCCUCUAUCCCCAGAGCAUGCACAUGGACCCCGACAUCUACCCUGAGCCUCAGGUGUACAGGUUUGACCGCUUCGUGUCGGAUGGCGGGCGGCGAUCUGACUUCUGCAAGCGCGGUCAGAGGCUCCGCUACUUCCUGAUGCCGUUCGGCUCUGGGGGCAGCAAGUGUCCUGGACGCUACUUCGCCCUGGCGGAGCUCAAGCAGCUUGUGUGUGUGCUGCUCCUCUACUGCCGCCUGGAGCUCGCACACACACACCCCACGCCAGAGCUGGACACCUCUCGUGCAGGGCUUGGGAUUCUGCCCCCUAAGCGAGAUGUGCCUGUCCACUACACACUCAUCCGAGAGGGAGGGGGGGAGGAGAGAGGGAAAGAGAGGGAGGGAGAGAGGGAGGGAGAGAUUCAUGAUAACUAA